AUGCUUAGAAUAGACAAGCCUAUUCUCCUCGUUGUUUUAUUGCAUCUGCGAGUGGCAUUCUGUAUCGACUGUGACCUCCAGUUUUGGCCUCAACUGUCUAGAUCCAAACAACUGCCCCAGGCCUACUCCAAGUCCUCACCAAACACACCCAACACACCACAACAGCCCGUGCUUCAGUCGGGGGAAACAAUGCUCUUUGUCGUGAACUGUUCUUGUUGUAAUCAGCCCGCAGAAGUCAUAAAACAGGUCUCCCCAGAUGGCCAGCCACGAGGUAACCUCUUUUAUCGAUUUUUCUCUGAAAACCGAUAUUCAACCAUCGUGAGCCGAUCGCCUAACGUUGAUCCUGUCAUACGAAGUAGAUUUGAAUCAACAGGGGACAUGUCCACGAAAUACGAGGAAUGCAAGCAUUUUCCACUAUGUGCGAUACUCUACACACCCGUGACACCGGAGCUGGCUAAUAUUCACUUCUGGGUGGAGGCCAACCUGCUUGGAAGGAGUGACAUCCGUGUGGAACUCGUGUGGAUUAAUUCUACGCCGACAGAGCAGCCUGAUGACAUACCGAUACCCUCAGCGCUGAGUGAGAAGGAGUUGAGAAAGAAGACAGCCAACAAGCGCAGGCAGUUCGAAAUAACCCUGGUUGCACAGGGCGUAAUACCGGGAGGUAAUGCUACGGCUUCACAUGUGACUAUUUUCCUAAAGCCGCAGAUAUUUUACACGGUCUUCGAUUGGGCUGUUUUCUUCAUUGCUUGCACGAUUUCCCUGUCUGCCGGAUGUAGCACAGAUCCAAGGGCUUUCCGAAAACAAUUGAAACGAGCACUGCCGAUUGGGAUUGGUCUUGUCGUCCACCUCCUCGUAACUCCAUUGAUUGGACUUGCCGCGGGCUACGCCAGUUCUCUGCCCCCAGAGAAAGCCUACGGCCUCUUUGUCACGACGACACUCCAAGUCGGCGGUGCCACGGUCGUGGUCAUUUCAAUCUCCGACUGCCACAAGCAAUUUGCCCUCGCGUUAGCUCAAAUCGCGAACGUGCUCAACCUCGCGACAUCUCCCCUAUGGAUCUACGUUGUGGGAACAUACUUGUUUAGACAACCUAUAUUCCUUCUUCGGUUUUGUGGUUUGAUCUCCCUGGUUGCGCUGGUGCAAAUUCUUGGAUUUGGCUUGCGAUGCAUUCGUCCAGCACUAGCACGAGCGGUGCUAACCUGGUUUUCACACCCAUUCCUCCUCCUAUCUGCGAUUCUCUUCAUUACAUUGGGCGUCUACAUUAACCAGUACGUGUUCCACGCACCCCAACCAAUGGCCUAUCUCCAACACGUUGGUUUGGCCCUCUUUCUCAUGGUGACAACGAGCUACACUUGUGGCUGGCUCAUAGGCCACAUACUUCAUCUCUCAGUGCUAAGAAGUAGGGCCAUAGCUAACCAAUUGUCCGUCUAUCAGGGAUUUCUCGCCAUUCCACUUCUAAGAAUUUGUAUACCUUCCCCCGAGGGCGAAUUGGCUUCUGCGAUAGCCCUGUGGACGGUCUUUCUAACACCCGUACCUCUUGUCUACAACGCAGUUCUGAAGUUCGUUAUUCGGACUGCCAAGGGAUCCUACGAGGCGUACAAGCAGAAGAUGAGAAAGCGCGGUCCAACGGCAAUGCUCUGUGCUGAUUCUCUAGCAGCCGUCGCCUUCACGUCAAUGAUACUCCCAGCGCCUACAGAGAGUAAUAAUAGGAAUACAUUCGACGGAUUGUUUGACGACGCCUCAAGCAGUACGGUAAACUCGAAUUCAGGGAGUCAAAGACGCUGCAAAAGCACGGCCAUUCACCCCACCUUUUUCAAGGAAAGUACUACCGAUUCUGAAAACAGGGAGCGCAUUCUUGACGCUCUAGCAAGAAAGGGCGGGAUUUUCGUCAGUGAGAAAAGGACUCGGAAGAAUGGAGGAAUACCAAGGACGCCUCACCACCAUCCGAGAUCUAUGGACGAUGUCUGUGGAAUUCCAGGAUCAUGGGGAGGAGGAGGAGGGGUGCUGUCACCACCACCACUACCACCACCUCCACCCUGCUCAAAGCCAUUAUUUUGA